AUGCCAAUCAGCUUGGCUGGUCCGAAGGUGCUGGAAGAGGCCUCUGCGGAUGCAGCGGAGGAGUCUUCCCGCAUCUUCGUGAAGAAUUUGCCGCCAAAUAUCACCGAAGAAAGCCUUCGCAAGCACUUCUCUUCCGGCGGCCGUCACAUCACCGAUGUCAAGCUCAUCACCCGGCGCCGGAUAGCCUUCCUGGGCUACCGCACGGCGGAGGAGGCCAAGUCUGCUGUUCGAUACUUUAAUCGGUCGUACAUCCGCAUGUCCAAGCUGUUCGUCGAGGUGGCCAAACCCAUCGGCGAUCUAUCGCUACCGGGAGCAAGUAGCCUGAAGCGCCCGUACGAAGGGCAAGAGGCAGCUCAGGAGGAUCCACAGAAAGUGGCGGAGGAAGAUCAAUCAAAGAGAAGGAAGCUUGACGAGGCCGAUCCCAAGCUUCGCGAGUUUCUUGAGGUGAUGAAGCCACAGCAUGGCCGAGGCAUAAGCAGCACGGCAGAUGUCUUUGCAGCAAUGGGUGAUAGUCAGACGGCACAGUUGGAAAACAAUGCCGCAGAGGCCGCUGCAGCGGCCGCUCUAGCUGCUGCUGAAGGAGAGAGCGAUGACGAGUAUAAUUUGUUGCCAGCACAGCAAGCUAAGAAGAGGAAGGAGGCUCUUGACGACGACCCAGACACUGUUGAGACAGAGCCGAAAGCGAAGGACGCCACUAAAGUAGUCAUUAGCGCAACUGCUAUAGACGAAGUCGUCAAGAAUGCCACGGACAGUUCCAGCUCAAGAGUGUCGCAACAGGAGGCACAGCAACGAGAGCAGCAACAAAAACAAAAACAAGCAAUCGCGUCCGCGUCGGAUGACGAGUGGCUUCGGUCUCGCACAAAUCGGCUUUUGGACUUGCUUGAUCCCAGCGAGCUAGAGCCGCCAAUCAUACCAAGUAUUCCGCCACCACCAGCACAGGCAGUGGCAAAAGCACAAACCAGUCUACGGGUUGAGGCCCAGGAUGACGAGGUCCACGAAGAGAUCGACGAAGAGGAGAAACCGGAUGAUAGCACGACACCCAUCGAAAGCAAAAUGGAUGUUGUGGUCGAGGUGGCACCUGCAUCACAAGAGCCACUCCUGCCAGAAGAUCAAAUUCGCGAAACAUCCCGUCUGUUUAUCAGAAACUUGCCAUAUGAUGCCACCGAAGCACACAUCUGGAAGUACUUCGAAACCUUUGGCCCCGUGAAAGAGGUGAAUCUUCCAGUGACCAACGCUGGUGCAAACAAGGGAUUUGCAAUGGUGCUUUUUGCCACCGCGGCAUCGGCGCUGGCAGCAUUCCAGAAUGGCGACGGCAAGACUUUCCAGGGUCGCAUCCUUCAUGUACUUCCAGCCAAGGCAAAGAAGUCAGCCACAGAUGUGGCUAUGGACGAGUUUGCCAUUUCCCAGAUGCCGUUGAAGAAGCAGAAACUACUGCGGAAGAAACAGGAGGCAGCAACCAGCACGUUUUCGUGGAAUGCUCUCUUCAUGAGCCAAGACGCAGUGAAUGCGGCAGUGGCGGAACGCCUGGGCGUGUCCAAGUCAGAGAUGCUAGACCCGACCUCGUCUGGCGAAGCUGUCAGACAGGCGGUUCGGCAAACGUCGAUAAUCGAGGAGACCAGGAGCUACUUCGCCGCCAAUGGUGUCGAUCUGGACAUGUUCAAGCCGCAUACCAAGCGGGGAGACAGGUGCAUUCUGGUCAAGAAUUUUGCUUAUGGCACAUCGUCGCAAGAGAUCCGUAGCAUGUUUGAGGAGUUCGGACCUGUGGUUCGCGUGCUCAUGCCUACGGGCGGCACCAUUGCGAUUGUGCAGUUUGCGCAGGCAGCUCACGGCCGACUGGCAUACUCACGGUUGGCUUACCGGCGAGUCAACGACACGGUGCUCAUGCUGGAAAAGUGCCCGGAGAACCUAUUUGGGGACAGCACGCACGGCCAGACUCUACAAGACACUGAAGUCGGUGCUAACGACCAGAAGGCCAAAACAAAACGCCCCAAGGUGACAGCCAGUGAACUUCUUGGCGAACAGGUCGAGACAGAAGACGUCGACGAUGCAGCAGACACGGAAGCUACCACCAGCUCGCUGUUUGUGCGGAACCUCAACUUCACAACAACAACUGAGCAGCUGGCAGGGGCCUUUUCGAGUCUGGCAGGCUUUGUGUCUGCCCGGGUAAACAGCAAGCCGAACACCAAAAAGCCGGGCGAGACGCUAAGCAUGGGCUACGGCUUUGUAGAGUUCCGGACCAAAGCAACAGCAGCAGCAGCCGGCAAAGCGAUGGACGGCUUCAUCCUGCACGGCCACACGCUGACGGUGCAAGCCGCGCAUCGCGGCCAGCAAGACGCAGCAGCCGAGCGGCGGGAGUCGGACCGGAAGAGAAAGCAGGCGGCCAACGGGGGUAGCAAGCUGAUCAUCAAGAACUUGCCGUUCGAGGCGACGCCAAAGGACGUCCGCACACUGUUGAGCACAUAUGGACAAGUCAAGGCGGUUCGGCUGCCGCGCAAGGUUGGCAACGGAACGCGCGGUUAUGCGUUUGCCGAGUUUCUCACAGCGAGCGAGGCUGCACACGCAAUGGAUGCGCUGCGCGAUACGCAUCUGCUCGGACGGCGGCUGGUGCUGCAGUACGCCGAGGCAGAGGCUUUGGAUCCGGAGGAGGAGCUGGCCAAGAUGCGCAAGAAAGUCGGCUCGCAGAUGAACACAGUGGCGCUGCAGCAAUUGACGACCGGACGCAGACAGCGGACGAAGGUGCAUAUAGGCGAAGAAGGGGCCGAGGAGGGCAUAGUGGAGCCUGCGAAGCCAGGGAGGACGGCCGGCCAAAUCGAGAAGGAGCGCGUGUCGCUGCGGAGAACAGGGGGUGGCCGUGAUAGGCCGGCGCGACCGGCAAAGCGUGACGAGAGGGAUGGCCAGAGGAAGGAGCGCUGA